GGAGACGGUUGGUUCGUUGGUUGCCUCGUCUCCGCCCCACCGCGCGCGCUUCGUCUCCGGGAGAACUCGCGGGCCGUGGCCGCCGCGACACGAGCAAGCAAGGCUACGGUUUCGCGUCCUUCGGACUGACCGAGGUGUUCGACGUAAGUUGAACCCCGCGACCGAUGCCGAGCGGUGGGAGGCGGCUGCCACCAUGGACGUCACCGAGGGGCGCAGGGGCGCCGCCGAGGUGGAGCCCCGGCACCUCCACCCCCGCGGGCGUCUCAAGCUCGGGCUACGGCACGCCGCCCGUGAGCGCGGGCUGCUUCUGCACGCGCGUGACGCCACCGACGAGCGGGGGCGGGUGCGCUCGCGUGACGCCGCCGUCGACCGGUGGGUGCUUGUCCCGGCCGCCAAGGCCGCCGCCUUCCCUGGAUUCGCCGUACGUGCGGGCGAAGCAGGCGCAGUUAAUUGAAAAGGACCCAAACAAGGCAGUUCCAUUGUUCUGGGCGGCUAUAAACAGUGGUGACCGAAUUGAGAGUGCACUGAAGGAUAUGGCCAAUGUACUGAAACAAGCAAAUCGGGCUGAAGAGGCCAUUGAGGCAAUAAGAUCCUUCCGUGAUCGUUGUCCCUAUGAAGCUCAGGAGUCCCUUGACAAUAUUCUUCUUGACCUGUACAAGAAAUGUGGUAGGACAGAAGAGCAGAUUGAAAUGCUGACUAUGAAGCUGAGAAUUGUUGAUGAGGAGCUCGCUUCUGGCCGGUGGAAAACAAAACUGUCUAAAUCUCAUGGAAGAGUAGUCUAUCUCUCUCUCAGGGAUGAAAAAGCAAGAUUGUUGGGGAACCUUGCAUGGGCCUAUAUGCAAUCUGAGAAUUAUGAGGAAGCAGAAAUGCUCUACAGGCAAGCUCUUGCUAUAGAAGCUGACUACAACAAGGAGUGUAACUUAGCCAUCUGCUUGAUGAAGACGGGAAAGUUGACUGAAGCUAAAUACCUUCUCCAAGCUAUACCUUUCAACUGCGAUGAUGAAAGUCAUGUGAAGUCUCUUUCCCGGGCAACUGAAAUGCUUAGGGAACUUGAGUCGCAAUCACUCCCUUCUCCCAUAACUCAGAUGAAAUACAAAGAAUCAUGGAUUCUGCUUGCUGCUGAUGUGGAGAAGCUUGAAGAUCCACAACCACAAACAUUAUCUACUCCUUUGACUCAACUGAAAUAUAAUGAACCACAUAUUUCAGUUUCCGCAGAUGCAGAGAAGCAUGAGGAUUGCAAUUCACGGCUUCCAUCACCCAUAACUCAGUUGAAGCGUGAAGAACCACACAUUUUGGUUACUGCAGGUGGAGAGAGGAAUAAAGACUGUACGGAGUACCAAGAUCUUUCUCGACUGUUCAAUGAUGCUGCUACACCUCAGUCAAUACUUGAAAAACUACGAAAGCGGCUAGUUAAAGAGGCACCAAAAAUCAGCAUACAUGAUCAAAUUCAGACUGCUAUUCCAACUGAAUGCCCUCCAAACUCCAAUGUAAACCCAGAUGCUAGUGAGAAUCCUGUGCAAGAGGGGAAACUCUUGACCAAAGGUAUUAGAAAAACAUGGGCUGACAUGGUGGAUGAGGAUGAACAAUUGGGUGAUGAUAAACCGCAGGCUGACACAGUGGAUGAGGAUGAACAGCAAUUGGGUGAUGACAAGUCAACCAUUGGUGUGGGCACUACUGAGCAAAAUGAAAGCAGCAAGCAUGCAAGUGAGCAGGAGUAUAGAACACCAUCCUCUCAAGGAAGCAGCACCCCCCAAAGACCAGCCAUGGGUGGUCAUCUACAAAGUUUCUCAGCAGGUUCAUGGAGACUCUGUGACUCCAAACUGUCCAUGGAUAACAACGUGAACUGGGAGCCUACCAGGACUGCUCCAACAUGGAGACAGAACAAGGUAAAAGAAUUCAGCAAUAGAGUUUCCCAAAGGCUUAACACAACUCAUCUCAAUGAGAAAUCUCCAGGAACCAAGCAAGCACCAUGGAGAAGCAGUGCAUCUCAGCGUGCGCUUUUUCUUGACUGCAAAUCAAAGUGUGACGGAUAUGACCAUGGUUAUGUGCCAUUUGGUGGUAAUGAACACUCUCCGUAUUCCAGUCACACUGAGGCCACUUAUCGCAGGCAAAAUAAUGCAGGAAGCACAGGAUCAUGGAGGCCACAGAACCGUCUGCGGGUUUUCCAGGAAAUCACAAACGAGAUCAAGCAAAAUGUUGCAUAACUAGAUCUGUGUUCCUUACUGUUGAUGGAAGUUCGUUCUCAUAAUAUUGGUGAAAUAGUUUCUCAUACACAGUUUUUUCUUCUUCCUUUCUUGGUUCCGUUUUUUGAGAAGAAGCGGUAGUCUUGAAGAUUCAGCAGCUCAGAGAAAAGUAUCUAGCGGAAACUCAUAGCAAGUCACCGAACCAUACUGUUUGCAGAUCCAAGUAGAUCAUCAUAGCUGUAUAUAUUUUCCGUUGUCACCAAUAUGCCAAAGUACCUGCAGAUGUGAGUAAUGAUCAAGUCAUGAAUUCCUUAA